AUGUCACAUAGUUUAGCUCAACAUGUGCACAUCCUCACGUGUAGUUCAGCUUGGCAUGUGCACAUCCUCAUGUGUAGUUCAGCUUGGCAUGUGCACAUCCUCAUGUGUAGUUCAGCUUGGCAUGUGCACAUCCUCACGUGUAGUUCAGCUUGGCAUGUGCACAUCCUCAUGUGUAGUUCAGCUUGGCAUGUGCACAUCCUCACGUGUAGUUCAGCUCACACGUACACAUCCUCACGUGUAGUUCAGUUCGGCAUGUGUACAUCCUCACGUGUAGUUCAGCUCGGCAUGUGUACAUCCUCACAUGUAGUUCAGCUCGGCAUGUGUACAUCCUCACGUGUAGUUCAGCUCGGCACGUGCACAUCCUCACGUGUAGUUCAACUCAGCAUGUGUACAUCCUAA